AUGAAGGAGUAUGUGCCACGUAGAAAACCAGGAAGGCCAAGGAGGGGUGGAAAUGGUAUAACAAACAAGGAUGGAGAGGGAACUUCAAAACAAAAGGCAGUUAAGCUUGUAGUGAAAAGAAAGAAGAAGACAAAGAAGGCUGGAGAAGGAUCCUCAAACCAGGAUGGCCAAGGUGGGGUUGAAACUGCAAAUGAUGCAACUGUGCAAGAAGAAAAUGGAACUAUACAGGAAACUGGUGUAGAUGCUAAUGAGAUUGAAGAUCACUUGGAAGCAGACUUAGAAGAGGAUGUUAAUGAGAUUGAAGAUAACUUUCUUGAAGAAAACUUGGACAUGGGUGUAGAUGCUAAUGAGAUUGAAGAUCACUUGGAAGCAGACUUAGAAGAGGAUGUUAAUGAGAUUGAAGAUAACUUGCUUGAAGAAAACUUGGAAAUGGGUGUAGAUGUUAAUGAGAUUGUGCCACCAGUGCAAGAAGUUGCUAUACAAGGUUUGGAUGCUAAUGCUUGGGUUGGUGAAGAUGAUGGGAAUAUUGACUUCAUUGAAGAUACACAAGUUGUUGGGAGGCCUAGGAAAAGAAAGAUUUCUGAGAGAAUUGUGAACAUCAAGCUGAAGAAAGCAGUUUAUGAUAAGGAUGGAAGGGGUUCUAGUAUUAAGAAACCAGUUAAUUUGGAUUAG